UGAGUGAGGGCAGUCAUGCGCAGGUGCCGGCGGUGGGCGCAGCCAUCUUUACUCAGGGCACGGCCCCGCCCGUCCCGCCACUGGGCCCUGCCAGCGCCAUCUUGGGUAAGGGCGCUCUCUGCCCUCAGCGCUGCCUCAGCAGCCAUAUUUAAUGAGGUCAUCCUACGCCCCUCAACAUCACCUCCCCAAAAAACCCUAAACUCCCAACCCUCCCUCUUAGCACCCCACGAACACCCCGACGUACUCCCCGUUUCUCCCCGCAGCCAGCGCGGGCUCCCACCGCGGCGGGGCCAUUCCGCUCCUCCCCUGUCAGCUGACGGCGGCGGCGGUCCCGUCAUGGCCGCCCGGAGCGGCGCGGCUGAGAUGCGGGUGCUGCUUCUCCUCUGGUUCGCAGCCCUGGAGGGAGCGGCGAGCUCGGAGCCGUCGCUUAAGUGCGAGGAGCUGCGGAUGGGGCAAUAUAUGUGUGAUGAGCCUAAAAUAGACAAUAGCACACAGGAACCAAUGAAUUGCACAAAUCACACAGCAUAUGUUCAGUGUCUGCCAGCACCAAAUAUUACUUGCAAAGAUCACCUUGGCAUAGAAAAAGUCUUUACAGGACAGGAGGUUGGAUUUUACAAGCCUAUUGAGUGUCGCAAUGUAAAUGGAUAUUCCUACAAAGUGGCAGUGGCUCUGUCCUUAUUUCUUGGAUGGUUGGGAGCAGAUAGAUUUUAUCUAGGCUAUCCUGCAUUAGGUUUGUUAAAGUUCUGCACUGUAGGAUUUUGUGGAAUUGGGAGCCUAAUUGAUUUCAUACUUAUUUCAAUGCAGAUCGUUGGACCUUCCGAUGGCUCCAGUUACAUCAUAGAUUACUACGGUGCGAGGCUCACACGGCUCACCAUCACCAAUGCAACCUUCAGGAAAAUGCAGACCUAUCCCUAAUCCUGGCAACAAGUGUCACAAAUCCAUAGGUGCUGCUUAUUUCAACAGCUGGAUCCAGUUGUCCACUGGAAUUGCUGAGGACUUAUUAAUUGCACUUCAUCAGAACAGAAUAUUAAAUGUACCUUGAACGAAAAUGAUCAAAUAUGAAAGUUCCUCAAGUGAAUGAGUUUACCUCAGAGGUCUAAUUUUGUGGCUGCUCUAUUUCUGGGAGCACAGAGUUUCUUGCGAAGUUAUAUCAUUUGUGAAAUAUGCAGACUUUUGUAAUUUGCACUGAUGUUCUGUGUCUGUAAGUAUAAUUAAGAGUGUUACAGAGAACUGGAAAAAGAGUGGAUGGGCCAGGAUUACACUCAGGAUCUGUUCUCAUAACAGUUUCGAAAGUGGCAGUUUGGAAAUUAACUUAAAUAUCCCAAACCACACAAACUGUCUUUCUUUCUAUCCUGUUAAAAUCCAAAUAGCCCCAAGUCUUGUUCUGGUGUAUCCUGUGAAAUUCUGUUAAUUGAAAUAAUGACUUCUGUAAAGCUUGAAGACAAAUUUUGGUCAAAUAGCAAACUUAGGUCAGUGCUGAUCAACAGUAAAAAGUAUGGAGGCAUAAAAAAUAGAACCUUAGAUGACACAUAACAGAAAGUGAGGGUGGAUGUUGACAUGGCCUGGGGUUAGAAGAGGAAAUAAUUAUUCUGCUUAUUUUGAUUUUUUUCUUUCCUCCUUUGCAACCAUCCACAGUGAAAUACAUACCUUCUUUUUCUGAAAAUAAAUUGGUGCAUGUGUUUUACAGCUACAGUGUCAAAAGAGUGAAUUCUUUGUACUAAUAAAGCCCUUAAAAGGUUCUUUUUU